CCAGAAUCCAGCCCCCUCACUCCGGCGCAUUCGUCUCAGCGGCUGCGAGGAGUCUCUCGGGCGCCUUGUCCGGUGCUGCCGGCGUCUCCCUUGGCCGCCUCUAGAAACGCUUCACUUCCCGUUUCCCUCUAAUCCGCUUCAGUUCAUCCAUCCACUUAUUCGUCAAACGUUUAUCUUGCUGGCCUUGAGUACAGCAUCGGCAAGACAGACCAGACAAGGCUCUUUUUCUCCUGAGUAGGAUGGCUUUCUAGGGAUUAUAUUUUCUAGUUUAGGCUGCUUCUGAGCAGAGCCUGGAUGGCUCUACCUUCUUGUUUAGAUUUUUCUCACGUGUAUACAGAUGUCACCAGUAUGCAGCUUUCCCUUCUCUCUUCUACCUGAUGACAUUUAAAAAAAAAAAAAAAGCAGCUCUUGUUUCCCUUGUCCAUAGCAUGUGUCCAGUCUGACAGUAUUCCUCUAUAGAGCUGUGCACGUUCAUUAGAGCUGCGUAAAACAUUCUGGAUUCUGGUGGUACCCGGACCCUGGACACCUCCUUUGCUCCACUGACUAGUUGGAAAGGGGAAUUAUCCAAGCGCUCAGAAUUGGUGUAUGUUUACAAGUGGAUGGUGUGUAAUGGGAGGUAAAGAGGAAUUUAUUACAAGUAGAGUACUAGGAAAUCUCACAGCCACCUAAAUACUCUUCAGAAACACCAUUUUCUAACCUAGUGCUUCUCAUCAAUAUUUUUGGUGAACAUAGAUUGUUUCUAAACAGAUUUUGACUGCUGUACACAACUGGUCCAAAAAAAGGCCACUAAAGUAUGGAUCACAUGGAUGGUAGCCUUAUUCCCAAUAUCUCUGCUGUAUCUGUAAGUUUAAAGGGAGGGAGAGGUAGAACUCAUGUGAAAAAUGGCGAGGGAUCCAAUCAGUGACACAGGAGCACAGCAAAUCAUAUAAUGUAACAGUUACAUUUAUGUAACACUUCAUGGUUACAGAGAGCUUUCACAUAUACUCUUUUGUUUGAUUCUCACAAUAACUCCAUGGAUUAGAUAAAGCAAAAAGUAUUUCCAUUUUAUAGAUAGAGAAAUUAUGCUUAACCAAACAUUAAGUUAUUUGCUUACAAUCAGUCAUACAGGUAGAAAAUAUCGAGAGCCUGGAUUCCAAUUGAAGUUUCUGACUUCACAUCCCCCACACUCCCUUUUUAGAUGCCAUCGUGCUCUAAUAGGUGUGUCAUCGUGAGACCUGAGGAUGCUUUCUUGGAUCCUGGUGUUUGGAAAUCCCAGAGCCUGUCAUGGAGGACCCCAGUGAGGAUACCUCGAUCCAUAGAUUGGAAGGCACUGAUGGGGACUCUCAGGUUGGUGGUCUUAUUUGCAAGACCAAAAGUGCAGCCAGUGAGCAGCAUGUGUUCAAGGCCCCUGCUCCCCGUCCUUCAUUGCUGGGACUGGACUUGUUGGCUUCCCUGAAACGGAGGGAGCGAGAGGAGAAAGACGAUGGGGAGGACAAGAAGAAGUCCAGGAUCUCUUCCUACAAGGACUGGGAAGAGAGCAAGGAUGACCAGAGGGAUGCUGAGGAGGAUGGCAGUGACCAGUCCGGUCGAGGUAGCCGAAAAGACAGACAUUAUCGAUCUGCUCGAGUAGAGACUCCAUCCCAUCCUGGUGGUGUGAGCGAAGAGUUUUGGGAACGUAGUCGGCAGAGAGAGCGGGAGCGCCGGGAACAUGGUGUCUAUGCCUCAUCCAAAGAAGAAAAGGAUCGGAAGGAAAGAUCGCGGGAUCGAGACUGUGACCGCAAGAGAGACAGAGAUGAGCGGGAUAGAAGCAGGCACAGCAGCAGAUCAGAGCGGGAUGGAGGGUCAGAGCGCAGCAGGAGAAAUGAACCAGAGAGCCCACGACACCGACCUAAAGAUGCAGCCACCCCAUCAAGGUCUACCUGGGAGGAAGAGGACAGUGGCUAUGGCUCUUCAAAGCGCUCGCAGUGGGAAUCGCCCUCCCCUUCACCUUCCUAUCGGGAUUCUGAUCGGAGCCAUCGACCGUCCAGCAGAGAUCGGGAUAGGUCUGUAAGGAGCAGGUACUCAGACGACACACCUUUGCCAACCCCAUCCUACAAAUACAACGAGUGGGCCGAUGACAGAAAGCACCUAGGGUCCACCCCGCGUCUCUCCAGGGGCCGAGCAAGACGUGAGGAUGGUGAAGAAGGGAUUUCGUUUGACACAGAAGAGGAGCGGCAGCAAUGGGAGGAUGACCAGAGGCAAGCUGACCGGGAUUGGUACAUGAUGGAUGAGGGGUAUGACGAGUUCCACAAUCCCUUGGCCUACUCUUCCGAGGACUAUGUGAGGAGGCGGGAGCAGCACCUGCAUAAACAGAAGCAGAAGCGCAUUUCGGCUCAGCGGAGACAGAUCAAUGAGGAUAACGAGCGCUGGGAGACCAACCGCAUGCUCACCAGUGGGGUGGUCCAUCGGCUGGAGGUAGACGAGGACUUUGAAGAGGACAGCGCGGCCAAGGUGCAUCUGAUGGUGCACAACCUGGUGCCUCCCUUUCUGGAUGGGCGCAUCGUCUUCACCAAGCAGCCAGAGCCUGUGAUUCCAGUCAAGGAUGCCACUUCUGACCUGGCCAUCAUUGCUCGAAAAGGCAGUCAGACAGUGCGGAAGCACAGGGAGCAAAAGGAACGCAAGAAGGCUCAACACAAACACUGGGAACUGGCUGGAACCAAACUGGGAGAUAUAAUGGGUGUCAAAAAAGAGGAAGAGCCGGAUAAAGCGCUAACAGAAGAUGGUAAAGUGGACUACAGGACAGAGCAGAAGUUUGCAGAUCACAUGAAGAAAAAGAGUGAGGCCAGCAGUGAAUUUGCAAAAAAGAAGUCAAUUCUGGAGCAGAGGCAGUAUCUGCCCAUCUUUGCAGUGCAGCAGGAGCUACUCACUAUUAUCAGAGAUAACAGCAUCGUGAUUGUGGUUGGGGAGACGGGGAGUGGUAAGACCACUCAGCUGACCCAGUACUUGCAUGAAGAUGGUUACACGGACUAUGGGAUGAUUGGGUGCACCCAGCCCCGGCGUGUGGCGGCCAUGUCGGUGGCCAAGAGAGUCAGUGAAGAGAUGGGGGGAAACCUUGGCGAGGAGGUGGGUUAUGCCAUCCGCUUCGAAGACUGCACUUCAGAAAACACCUUGAUCAAAUACAUGACUGACGGGAUCCUGCUCCGAGAGUCCCUCCGGGAAGCAGACCUGGAUCACUACAGUGCCAUCAUCAUGGACGAGGCGCACGAGCGCUCCCUCAACACCGACGUGCUCUUCGGGCUGCUCCGGGAGGUGGUGGCUCGGCGCUCAGACCUGAAGCUCAUUGUCACAUCUGCCACUAUGGAUGCCGAGAAAUUUGCUGCCUUCUUUGGGAAUGUUCCCAUCUUCCACAUCCCCGGCCGUACCUUCCCUGUUGACAUCCUUUUCAGCAAGACCCCGCAGGAGGAUUACGUGGAGGCUGCAGUGAAGCAGUCCUUGCAGGUGCACCUGUCAGGGGCUCCUGGGGACAUCCUCAUCUUCAUGCCUGGCCAGGAGGACAUAGAGGUGACCUCAGACCAGAUUGUGGAGCAUCUGGAAGAACUGGAGAAUGCGCCCGCCUUGGCCGUGCUGCCCAUCUACUCCCAGCUGCCUUCUGAUCUUCAGGCCAAAAUCUUCCAGAAGGCUCCGGAUGGUGUUCGGAAGUGUAUUGUUGCCACCAACAUUGCUGAGACAUCUCUGACUGUCGACGGCAUCAUGUUUGUUAUCGAUUCUGGUUAUUGCAAAUUAAAGGUCUUCAACCCCAGGAUUGGCAUGGAUGCUCUGCAGAUCUACCCCAUCAGCCAGGCCAAUGCCAACCAGAGGUCGGGGCGAGCUGGCAGGACGGGCCCAGGUCAGUGCUUCAGGCUUUAUACCCAGAGCGCCUACAAGAAUGAGCUCCUGACCACCACGGUACCUGAGAUCCAGAGGACCAACCUGGCCAAUGUGGUGUUGCUGCUGAAAUCUCUAGGGGUGCAGGACCUGCUGCAGUUCCACUUCAUGGACCCGCCCCCAGAGGACAACAUGCUCAACUCCAUGUAUCAGCUCUGGAUCCUUGGAGCUCUGGACAACACAGGUGGUCUGACCUCAACUGGACGGCUGAUGGUGGAGUUCCCGCUGGACCCAGCCCUGUCCAAGAUGCUCAUUGUGUCCUGCGACAUGGGCUGCAGCUCCGAGAUUCUGCUCAUUGUGUCCAUGCUCUCGGUCCCCGCCAUCUUCUACAGGCCCAAGGGCCGAGAGGAGGAGAGUGAUCAGAUCCGGGAGAAGUUUGCUGUCCCUGAGAGUGAUCAUCUGACCUACCUGAAUGUUUACCUGCAGUGGAAGAAUAAUAAUUACUCUACCAUCUGGUGUAAUGAUCAUUUUAUCCAUGCCAAGGCCAUGCGGAAGGUCCGGGAGGUGCGGGCUCAGCUCAAGGACAUCAUGGUGCAGCAGAGGAUGAGUCUGGCCUCCUGUGGCACUGACUGGGACAUUGUCAGGAAGUGUAUAUGUGCUGCCUAUUUCCACCAGGCAGCCAAGCUCAAGGGAAUUGGGGAGUACGUGAAUAUCCGGACAGGGAUGCCCUGCCACUUGCACCCUACCAGCUCCCUCUUUGGAAUGGGCUACACCCCAGACUACAUAGUAUAUCAUGAGUUGGUCAUGACCACCAAGGAGUACAUGCAGUGUGUGACUGCUGUGGAUGGAGAGUGGCUGGCGGAGCUGGGCCCCAUGUUCUACAGUGUGAAACAGGCAGGAAAGUCUCGGCAGGAGAACCGCCGACGGGCCAAAGAGGAGGCCUCUGCCAUGGAGGAGGAGAUGGCGCUGGCUGAGGAGCAGCUGCGAGCCCGGCGGCAGGAGCAGGAAAAGCGCAGCCCCCUGGGCAGUGUCAGGGCUACAAAGAUCUAUACUCCAGGUCGGAAAGAGCAAGGGGAACCCAUGACUCCUCGCCGCACGCCAGCCCGCUUUGGUCUAUGAGCUGAGGCUGUCCCUGCAGAGGAUGGGAGCCAGGUAUUGAGUGGCUGGAGUGCCCUGGGCCUGCUGACAAAACCCUUUCAUCUGUGUGCUUUCAUCUUUGUAUGUCACCGCCUCCGAGGGAGGCUCCUGCCGACCGCUAGGCUCUGCCAGGGCGGAAGUAGGAUUCCUCAGUGCAGCCUCUGGGCCGCAGAGCAGCUGAGAAGCUGCGAGAGGUGGCUGGACCCAUCACAUCCAGAUAAACUGUCCCAGGACACUUGGUGUAUAAAUGACUUGGCCAUUGACUAUGUUUUUUAAAAUUCUUGUGUAAAGCAGCAAAACAGAUCUAGAGGGAAUUGUAAUUUGGUUAUAAUUCAGGAUUUGGAAAUAAAUUUAUUAUUUGUAAAA